UAACCGUUCUUUGAAAAGGGUUUUCCGUUCAGUAGGUGGCGUGUAAUCGGAGAACUCGGACGUCCAGUCGAGGCUGGGAGGAAUCGGAAUCUGUGUGACCAGUAUACCAACUGCUUCACCAUGGAGGCACUGCUCAACAGCCAGUGCGCGGCGCAGAGCCUGGGGCCUGCCAAUCAGCUGUUUGCGAUGCUGAUCCAAACCAUCAUGGCAGCUCAGUGCAGCAUUUCCCCGCCCGACAUGUGGCCAAAGGAUUACGGCCCAACAGCUCUGGCCCAAGGAUUGGAGGAGUACGAUUUCAUCAUAGUCGGAGCUGGAUCGGCGGGGUCUGUAGUGGCGAAUCGACUCUCUGAGAAUCCGGACUGGAAGAUCCUUCUGCUGGAAGCCGGUGGUGAUCCACCGAUAGAAUCUGAGAUCCCUUUAAUGUUGAUGCAUAUGAUGAAUACUUCGCAUGUGUGGAAUUACUAUGCCGAAAAGAGUCCGUUGGCCAGCAAGGGUUACAAAAAGGGUAGCUACUGGCCUCGGGGUAAGAUGUUGGGCGGUUGCAGUAGUAACAACGCUAUGAUCUACGUCCGUGGUAACAGUCGCGACUAUGAUCGUUGGGAAGAAUUGGGCAACCCUACGUGGAGCUGGAAGGAUGUUCUGCCGUACUUUAAGAAAUCGGAAGACAAUGGAGCAUAUCACAUUCAGGAGGAAAAGGGAGCGUUCCACGGCGUUGGUGGGCCAUUGAAGGUAAACACGUUCAUGUCCAACGACAUGACCAAAUUGAUUGUUGUGGAAGCUGCGGCAGAACUGGGGCUUAUUGAAAUCAUGGAUGUUAAUAGUGAUGAAUUUACUGGGUACUGUGUUGUUCAAGGAACGAUAAAGGAUGGAAAGCGCUACAGCACUGCGAAGGCAUUUUUGAAUCCCGCCAAAGAUCGAAAGAAUCUACACAUAAUCAAACACGCCCACGUAACCAAAAUCAACAUUGAAGCCGGUGUAGCGCGAGGAGUAACGUUUGAUAUUGGUGAUCAUAUUGGUAAAGAUAUUGUAGCGAAAACGAAGAAGGAAGUUGUGCUUUCUGCUGGAGCAUUGAAUACGCCACAAAUAUUGAAACUCUCAGGAGUUGGUCCGAAGGAAGAACUUGGCAAGUUUGAUAUACCUGUCGUGCUUGACUCUCCUUUUGUAGGAGAAAACCUUCAAGAUCAUGUAAUCGUGCCCGUUGUGCUAUCCUUCCACAAGUCUCGUCCCAUAACAGUAAAGGUUGAUGAACUCAUGGACAGUAUUUACUCUUACUUUCGAUACGGUAUGGGACCGAUUGGGUCUAUUGGAUCUACCGAUCUGGUAGGAUUUGUCAACACUCAAAGUCAAGCGGCACGAUUCCCGGACAUCCAGUAUCAUCACUUUGUGUACAAGGCAAAGACUCCAGAUUUUGCCACGAUUUUGGGUAAAUUCGAAAUGGAGGAUUACAUCAAUGCCCAACUGAUUAAGUUGAACAAUGAAGCUGAGAUUUUGAUCGUUUUUGUAACGUUGUUGAACCCCAAAUCCCACGGAAACAUCAAGCUAAGAAGUGCGAAUCCAUACGAUCCACCAGUUAUUAACGCAAACUACUUGGAGGACCAUCGCGACGUCGCCACGUUGAUCCGGGGCAUCCGGUACUUCCGUAGAAUGCUAACAACGCAAAACUUCAAGGACCACGAGAUGGAAGAGUUCAAAAUUAGCAUUCCGGAGUGCGACAAGCUGGAUUUCGAGUCUGACAGUUACUGGGAGUGCUACGUUCGGUACAUGUCCACCACCAUCUAUCAUCCGGUAGGAACGGCCAAGAUGGGACCCGCUGAGGAUCCUUCGGCCGUGUUGGACUCGACGUUGAAGCUGCGCGGUGUGGACGGAUUGCGGGUUGUGGAUGCCAGCAUCAUGCCAAACAUUGUGAGUGGAAAUACUAAUGCUCCCACUAUUAUGAUAGGCGAAAAGGCCUCCGAUUUCAUCAAAGAGCAGUACAAACCGAUACCGAAGAAAACUGAACUGUGAAACAGUUGAUAACAAAAGACCAAAUAAAUAGUUACCAAGUCAUUGCAAGGCUUAUGUUGUUUUUGAGCUUGAGUUUUAUUCCUGAUCUUCUUUUGUUGCAUUUUAUUAUUGUUUUCUGUUAAGAUAAAUAUUUACAUUUACAAUGUUAAUAAAAGCUACGUAACGUGUAGGUGGUUGUUGCCUA